CGCCGAAGAAGUACCUCGUCAGGGUUCUGGGCUCUACCCCGUAUACAUCCAAAGCGGUGGAACGACCUCUUCGCCCGAGUAGUUUAGAUUCUAAAGGAGUCUUUAUCCUCUUCUCGAGCUCGCCAAUGGUUUGGUGCGGAGGUAGAAGUACCGGAGAUACGAGGGAAGCGUCCAGGCGUCUUGCUCCAAGCACUGCGCCCUUAAUGCUCGAAGGAAAGGAAGACGAAGAGUUUUGGACGCAACUUGGAGGACAUGGCACAUACGGCACCGAGGCAGAGGACACCGGGGAGGACUCGCGGAAACAUCUUUACCAGUGCCUCGUAGAAGACGGAGUAUUUCUCGGAGAAGAGGUUCUGGGGUUCACUCAGGGAUCCCUUCUUCCAGAAGCAGCUUGGCUGUUGGAUACCAUCACCACCGUUUGGGUUUGGCGAGGAAAACACUCUGCCUUGAGAACACUGAAGGAAUGUGUAGAAGCUGCGACUACGUUCCUCUACACCCAUCCUGCAGGACGUGACAGGAACACCUCCAUCUCUGUAAUCGAGCAAGGUUUGGAGCCACCAACGUUCAUUGGACUCUUCGAUAACUGGAGUCACAAUCUCUUGAGGGACUACCGAUCGUUUGAAACACUGCGAGCUUCCUUGCAGGAUCAAGAGCCGGUAAUCAGGGAGACCAUCACCGGAAAAGGGAUGUCCGAGUUUGACUCCACCGUGAAGUAUCCCCUGAGGAUGCUGAAGAACGAGCCGGAGAACCUCCCAGGUGGCGUGAACGUUACCAGGAAGGAGAUGCACCUGACGUUCGACGACUUCGUCUCCGUCUUCAAGAUGAACCCGGUCGAGUUCGAAGAGUUGCCUGCUUGGAGAAGACAGAGAUUAAAGCAAAUGGCGGGAUUAUUUUGAGAGCCUCCAUUUGCAUUUUAUUGCCUCUUUAAACGCCUGUAAGAUCUUAACUUAUAUUUAAUAUUUAGCGAGGUAUCUCCCGAUCAUUUGCAUGGAUAUGUAAAAAAGAUACGUAAGAAUUCCUUCGUAGCUCACGAUCCGAAUACCCUAACAAGAAAUUAAGUCUCGCAACGAUGUCACUUUGAACGAAACACCAAAAAUAAAAAUAGUAAGGAUAAAGUAUCGAGGCAGUCGUCGGUAUUAACCGUUUCGUUACCUUGGACGAGAUAUCUCGCGAGUCAAUACUGGCCGAUUAACGCUUUUGACGAGAUAUCUCGC